UCGCCGUGUGAUGUUCAGUCAGUCCACGGAAAGCUCCCGAACCGAGUGUUCAUGAUUUCAAGAUCCCACAGAUACUCUCAUUUUAUCAAGUUUUCCCACAAGAAAAUUCAGUGAAUCCGAGUACAAUUUGCAUUCUUUUGUGUUUCCCUAUUUGUAACAUAUCUAAAUUUCAGUAGAAAGUAGUGAAAAAGUGAGAAUAUUCGUUUUUUGGUUCAAUCGCAGUCACAGUGAAAGGUGUGUUGUUUUUUUUCCUUACAAAAUACACUCAGAGAAAAAAUCUUUUGAUCUGGUGAAAAUCCCAUCUGUUUUACGGAUUUCCUGAACUUUUCCUGCAUACAUCAUCUCUACGGGAUUGUGAAGUUUCAUAGUCACAGAUUCGGAUUAAAUUGCUCCUUUCCGGACAAACAGACUUUUGGCGAAGGAGUUUAUUAUUAAUUUGACUGUGCGGAAGCUUUUCCAAUUGAUACAAAUACUGCGAGAUCACUGUACCCAUAAUUAUUUCCUACUGGAGAGGAAAAUAUACAAUUUACGAUGACAUGAUCGGCAAUCUAUGGAGGAGACAAGAUAGAAAACAAACCAAUUUGAGGAGCAUGGUAAUUAAUUAUCAAAUGUGGAUCACGGAAAAUUGAAAAAGGGAAUUGUCUCGAUGCAACUGCAAAUUGAUUGAGAUCAACAUCGACACUCUCCACGAGUAUCGGGAGUGUGAGAGAGGAAGUGGCUGGGUUUUCUUGCGAUCUCACGGAUCACACACCAAGACGCUGGGAGUUGCGCGUGGAUAAGUGGAGGGAUUUUUCUUCUGCAAAACGACGUGCUAAAGAGUGAGAGAUAAAGUUAACAAUGCCAUCGGGAAGUGGACAAAUUGCACCAUCGUCGCCGACGAGUCCAACAAAAAUUGCCACGGUGACAACAACAAAUGGAACGAAUGGAAUUAGGGAGCGAAAAUCAUCAACAGAUGGUCAAAAUAACAAAGGACCUUCCUCAGCGAAACGGAUAUCUGUGACAUCACAUGAUCCAACAGACUAUGUCCAAAGAGCACGAACCACAAGAGCUGCUCCGCCAAAACCGGCAUGCAAUCCAAUGCAAUUUGUGAAGAUAAAGCCGUGCAAUUUGUAUCAGAGUGCCCAAGAACAGCUAAAACGAGCGGAAGAGGUGAAGAAGGUCAAGGAAGUGAAGAAGGAGGAUGCCGAAGAUUGGCAAUGCAAUUUGGACAAUUGGAAGUCGUCACGUCGAAAACGAGUGGAGCACAUUAUCGAUCGAGUUGUUGAGGUGAAAAAGUUGGAGUUGGAGGAGCACGAUCGAACACGAAGAAAGUCUAAGACGUUUUCCGAAAUGUUGGAAGAGAGGGGAAAUAGACGAAAAAUGCCUCUGGCCGUGUACAAUGAAGAUGAUACAAAUGAUUUGAGUGAUCUGGGAAUUGGAACAAGUAGUGCAAGUGGCAAAAGCAGUCUCUCUGAAGAUUUUGAUAAUCACAGUGUGAUCAGUGAUAAUCAAGAUACAGAAAAAUCACACUCCGACGUAGACAAUAAUUCAAAUCAUGAAAAUGGCAACAAUCGAGAUUAUGUUUCAAGUCCUGGAUAUGACACAUCUAGCAGUACAGCACCGGCAAGUUCACCUGAUCCCUGUGAAUAUACGUAUGAGGGAGCAAUAGAGGGUUACAAAUUACGAAUAUCUCGGGCACAAUCUAUUGGUUUCAAUGGUUUCAACAAUGGACGUUUUUCCAAGGAUUCCACACCGGAAAGGGCAUCAUCAUUGGAUUCAGGCAGAAGUAGUGGCCAUGAAAAUGGUGCAUCAUUUGUGCCAAAGAGGCCCUCAGUGACAAAAAUUGAAGAUCGUUUGAUUAAUUUUGAGCUGAAAUCAUGCAGUGAUAGUACUACAGAGGGUAAUAGUGUGACUAAGAAGGAUCUACCCAAAGUGGAUAUUCUCAAGAGACGUGAAUUAUUUGAGAAAGAUAAACCUGCUGCUGUGACAAUAGUGCCGAUGGAAUCGAAUGUCCAGAAGCGACUAUCUGGUGAUUUUUCCAAUGCUAAGAGCAUCAAGGAGCGUCUGUCGAGUUUUGAACAAGUCCAGAGAGAUGAGAAUGGUGGUAAGAAGGCCAAUAGAUUGUCGGGUGAUUUGUCAAGUAUAAAAGAGCGACUGUCGAUUUUGGAGAAGGAGAAGUCAAUGAUGUGUGAGGAGAAACCACUAAAAGUGGAUGUUCCAGUUGUUAGCUUGAAAGAUCGCCUAACAUCACUGCAUUCCGCUGUGACGGCAUCAUCAUCAUCAGCCGUGGUCACAGUGAAGCAGGAAGUGGUAGAUGAGCCACUUCCAAUUGUGGACAGUGCGGAAAAGACGACUGAAGUUAGCAAUGUUCCGGUGGAGGUGAAUUGUGAAGACAGUGGAAUUCACACAUCUGACAUCUCCAAUGGCAAUCAAUCACAGAUUGUUGAACAUUUGGAGGAGGAAUUGGUUGUCCAAACAGCAGGGGAGGAUAAGUCUGAAGAAAUAACUUUGGAGGAAUCUACAGCAAUUCACGAUACAUCCAAUAAUGAUAUGACAGCUUCGACUCUUGUGGAAUCAUCAUCCAGUGCAGUGUCAGCCGUUGAGGAGGGUGAUCCAAUUCCAACGGAUGAAUGCUGUGUCAAUCAUGAUGAGACACUUCUGCCCGCCGAUGUUACGACCAAUGAACUAUUUGACGAAAAUUGUGCUUCUGAUCUCACAGAACAAGAUACGAGCGUAUUGGAGGCGCUGGAUAUCGCUUUUCAGGCCAUUGAUGGUAGUGAUCAAUGUGGAUUGGCAGAAAAUGAAGUGGAUAUUGAGAAAUUGAUUGAUGAACUUGUACAGACACCCAUUGCAUGUCAAGUUGAACCAGAAAAUAGAUCAAAUAGGGAAGAAAAGGUAGUGGAUGAGAUGGAAAAGUGUCCAGUGAUGAGUGAAGAGCAAAUCCAGAAGACAGUAAAACCUGCAAAUGAGCCAAUCUAUGAGAUUAUCGAUGAUGUUCUUGAGCAAAAUAUUGAGCCAAAAGUCAAAAUAGAUUCUCCGAUGAAGCAUUUGGAGGAUGAAGAACCUUACUAUCAAGUGCCUAAACCCGUAGAACCGUACUAUGAAGUGCCUAAAUCCAAGCCAAUCCCAUUGUAUGAGAAUGUGGAGAUCUUUAUGGGGGCCAAUCGGUCAAAUAGCAAUAAUUUGGCAACACCAACUGUUCAGCCGCCCAAAGAAAAGCCUCCGCCACCACCCGUGGAAGAUGAGGCAACAGACGACGAGGGAGGAAAUGAAGAAUAUGAGGAAGACGUUAAACCUGAUGACGCCAUGAAGCGGAUGAAUUCAACGAGAAGGAUCAAGAAGGAGAUCCGCAACAAACGAUCGAGUUUUCUGGGGAUCGAAGGAUCCACAGAAGAUGAUAUUUCCCUAGAAUUAUCCGUGGCACCGCCACCUGAUAUGUCGGCUCUGUUGCAGGAGGAGCGUCGCCUGGAGAAGCAGGUGUUGUUCAAAACUGGCCUCUAUGAGAGUUCCGAUACAGGCGAUAGUCGCGAUUCUGGCGUGUCUGAGAAUCAUUCUCGGCAGAGUAGUGAGCCUUUUACUACUUCAUCGGAAGAGCAGGAAGACUAUCUGGCGCAGAAAGAAAUUGAAAUCAUCAAAGUGUUGAUGGUGGAGAAGGAGAAGCGUCGGUCGAGUGAUUUACUUCUCCAAGAGAACAAUCAGCAGCAGCAGCAGCAGCAGCAGAAUGGAGCUGAGGAGUGGACGACGGUGAAUGGUAACGGAUUCACUGAGACAGAAAGUAAAUUGACGCACUGUGGUGUUGAUGAAGAGACGCGAAUGAGGUGUAUUGAGGAGCAAAUACGAGAACAAGAGGAGGUUUUGCGUGUCGAAAGGGAACUUCUUCAGCUGGAACAGGAAGAAUUGAAGCGUCAAAGGGAAAAUUUACUUUUGCGGGAGAAUUUGGCAAGGAAAGAACUUGAUCACGGUACAAAGAUGCUAAUGUCGGCAAAUAGACGAUCAUUGCAGGAUUUAAAUACUGUUCAGGCGACAGUGGUUGCAAAUCAAUUUGCUAAUGGUGUUUCAGCUCCUCAUCCAGUGUAUCCCAUUCCGGCUGAUUAUAGGCAAUCUAUGCCAGAUUUGCAGCAUAUUCAUCUGGAGCAGCAGAGGAAAUUGCCACCAACACCACCUGUUAAGCCAAUGAGAUCAAAUCUCAUUCAUCAGGAGUAUCAGACGGCACGGGAAUCGUCAAUAAAGGCGAGCAGGGCUCCAUCAGCUGAUUCCAAUGAUGCUGAGAAUCGACGAGAUGAACCAGGAGUUCAGCUCAGACGAUAUCCACCGCAACAACAGCAGCAUGUCUAUGGGAAUAUGACGAGAAAUACCCUGCAUGCUCUGAGUGCCGUGCCAAAGCCCAAACUUACAGAUGGUUGGGUGCAGCAGAACAGAAAGUCAGAACCGACAACAGAUAAAUACUAUCCAAUUCCGCGAAAAAAUGAUUUUGUAAAGGCGGGAACACGGGAAAGGAUCACAAAUGAUUCAUCAUGGAUAGCAGCCAGAAAGUCUGAACCAAGAGGAUUCAGCUAUGGCAAACACUGGUUAAUUCAGGAGGCUGAACAGAGACGAAUUGAUCAGCAGUUGGGUGUUAAGCCGACCCUGACGCAACAGAAUGGCUGGGGAGUUGCUCAGCGGAGGAGCAGCAAUGGUGAUGGCAAGCCACUGCCAGAUUCAGUCAUUCAGACACUAACGCAGAGAGUGCAGAACAGAAUGAGUGUGAACGAAAGAAGACGACUUGAAAAUAAUCCUGAUAUGACGACUCAGCAGCCAAAUUUGUCUCCAGAGUCUCAGGAUAAGAUUCUCAGUGUGAGUGGGCGAAAGAAGUGUUCACACUGUGGAGAGGAAUUAGGAAGAGGCGCUGCAAUGAUUAUCGAGAGUCUCCGGCUGUUCUUCCACAUUGACUGCUUCAAGUGCUGCGUGUGCCGGGUUCAGCUGGGGGAUGGCCUCAAUGGGACAGAUGUCCGUGUCCGGAAUCACAAGCUCCACUGUCACAAUUGCUAUUCGAGCGAUGAUGGAGUUAAGUUCAGUUGCGUUUGAACAAUUUUAGAGAUCUUGGUAUAGUUUUUUUUUCAUAGAGAUCUUUCUUUUUUUUGUAUUUGUAAUGUUUUUUUUAUUAUCAAAAAUUUUAUAUACAAACUCCGUCGUCAAUGUCCCCCCUGCAAUGGCCAAAUUCAAACAUUUCCCGGUACUUUUUAUUAUUAUAACUAUUUUUUUUUGUGUAAAUACAAGGAUUCUCUCUCUGUCUAUUUGAGUGAGAUCCAGGCUGUACAUAGACUAUUCAAUUUUAUUCAUUUAUUAUUUUUUUUCUAUAAACUGUCCCUUGGAAGGAAAUGAUUUCUCAUCAUCUCUCUCUUUUUCUUCUUAGAAUUUAUGUGAUUUUUUUUUAUUUGUUAAUUUAUAGUAUGUUGGUAUCAAUUUCUCUUUUACUUUUGAAUUUAUACAAGAAUUCUUCUGUCUGUCUUUUUUUUAACAAUUUAUUGUAAAGAGAGAGAUUUUUUUUGCGAAGAAAAUAAUCAUACAAAAUGAAGCAUUUCGUUAGGAAAAGAAGAGAAGUGAGAAAUAAAAACAAAUUAACAUUGUGUAGAUAAUUUUACUCCUUUUUCCCCCCAAUCUUACAAGUUCAAUACAUUUAUCGAGUGUGUGGAGAAGACAAAAAAAAGGCGAAAAAAUAUGCAAAAUAUGGUAUAAAAAGUGUCUAUAAAAGUCUAUUAUUAAAAUAAAAAUUUAUUAUACAAUUA